CUUUGCAUAACUACUGGUGUCAGUUGCACUAAAAAAACAGCAGCAACAAUAUUGCGUAGUAAAACACGCUAUAUCACAUUUUUUCAUCUGUGGAAGUGGAACUGAAAUAAAUUAAUUUCUAAAGGCGAAACUGAGAACUAGUAGCGAUGGAAUGCAAGAGGAGUGAGACCUCCUUUUGUAACUUGUCUCUGCUCUGCUUGUACUGUGUGUGCGACGGAUGGAAGCUAAUCACAGUUCGAAGGUCCUCUCCUGACUCCGUUCGACAUUUUAAUGGGAGGCAGGCAUGACCUCCCGUCGUCUAUAAACUCUCCACAAUGAAAGAGUGGUGGUUACAUGUCUUACUGAUCUGCGUCCCGCUGCUGGCCGUCUACCUGCACAUCCCGCCGCCUCAACUAUCACCUGCGCUUCAGAAGUGGCACAAUGCUGGCAGAUUGUUCACCUUCAGAGGCAGCGACAUCUUCUACACAGACUCUCAUGGCGCUUUGGGGAGCUCUGACAUUGUCGUCCUUCUCCACGGCUUCCCCACCUCCAGCUAUGACUGGAACAAGAUUUGGGAGCCUCUCACUCAGCGCUUUAACCGGGUCAUAGCGCCAGACUUCUUGGGUUUUGGCUUCAGCGACAAGCCUCGACCACACAAGUACUCCAUCUUUGAGCAAGCUAGCAUGGUGGAAGCCCUGCUGGCUCACAUGGGUCUGGCCAAUCAGCGCGUCAACCUGGUUUCACAUGACUAUGGAGACACAGUGGCGCUUGAGCUGCUCUACAGGAGUGACCAGAACCGCACUGGUCACCUCACCAUCAACAGCCUGUGUCUCUCCAAUGGAGGCUUAUUUCCAGAAGCCCACCACCCUCGCCUGCUGCAGAUGCUCCUCAAGGACUCCAGUUUCCUGGCUCCAGUCCUGAUGCGUCUCACCAACUACAAGAUCUUCCAGAAGGGGAUCGGGGAGGUUUUUGGGCCGUACACGCAACCCACAGACGCCGAAUUCUGGGACAUGUGGACGGGUCUGCGAUACAAUGAUGGAAACCUGGUUUUGGACAGUGUUCUGCAGUACAUCAACCAGAGGUUAAAGCACAGAGAGAGAUGGGUUGGUGCCCUCACAUCCACCUUUGUACCCUUGCACAUGAUCUAUGGCCCCCUGGAUCCAGUCAACCCGCAUCCACGCUUCAUCCGUCUUUACCAGAAGCUGGUGCAGCGGUCAACAGUCAGCGUUUUAGACGAGCACAUCAGUCACUACCCCCAGCUGGAAGACCCCACUGGCUUCCUCAAUUCUUACUUUAACUUUAUUCACUCCUUCUGAGCCCAUCAAUAAAUAGUUUUGUACUGAAAGGUUUUGUGUUAAUCACCAUUAUUUUUGCACUUUUCUAGAACAUUGGCUACAGUGUAGAUGAUUAGGUAGCAUUGUUCAAAAGGUUGCAUAUUCAGCAAACAGACGACCAUCUCUUCAUUGCGACGCCAUUGGCCAAAGAAGAAUAGAGUAGCUUAGCGUGUUGUGACCUACUCAAAAACACAUGAGAAAGGAAGAGCUGUAAUUUAAAGUUUUUUUGUUGUAUAGUUUUUAAGAUACUGACAAAAUAAAAAAUAUUAACAAGAAUUAAUGUUUUCAUGCUCAAUCCCCAGGAAGUUGAUCAUUACUCACAACCUCUGCAAGACAACAAUUCUGUUGAUCAGCUAAAAGUACCGUAUUUUCCGCACUAUAAGGCGCACCUAAAAACCUCCAAUUUUGUCAAAAGCUGACAGUGCGCCUUAUAAUCCGGUGCGCCUUAUAUAUGGACCAAUAUUGAGCCUCCAACAGGUAAAAGUUUCAAUCAAUCAAUCGAUUGCAACUACGGUAAGCAGCCGCCGACUUCAUUUUCCCCCGUAGAAGAAGUUCUUCUUCUACAGUAAGCAGCCGCCCCCGUAGAAGAAGAAGCGUGCGGUGCAUGCUCGGAUAUAUGACUGCGUGAGGCGUGCCGUUUUAUUUUCCAUUUGUUGUUUAUGUAAAUAUUCCAAAAUGGCUCCUAUUAAGGACAGGCUUACGACGCAGAGUUUAAACUUAAGACGAUCAAUCACGCAGUAGAACACGGGAAUAGAGCAGCAGCGACACUGACUCGAUUAAUGACGACUUCGACGGGACGGAGCCAUAUCCGCCCAACUGUUUAUUUCGGACACUGAAGAAGAAGUAUUCAAGGGAUUCGUGGAUGAGCAAUAACUUCAUAAAGUGAGCUUUACAUGUUUAUUUUGUGUGUUGUGUUGUGUGACAUUAACGUUUGAGCAACAUUGAGUUAUUGAUAUAUUGUUAUUGCUCUGCACUAUUUCGAGUGUAAUACGUUUGAUUUACCGUAACAGUAUCACUGUUUUUUACGUGUUUAUUGAAUCAGGGAAAAGUUCCCCUCCACUAUGUGAUAUAAAUGUUGCACUACAUGUUAUACUUUGCUCUUGUUAAAAGAUAAACAAAACACCACGUCACUGACUUUACCUCGGGGAAAAUAAUAAAUUAGCUGUUUAUUCAUUUUGGGAGUGAACAGAGUUGUCGGAACGCUGGUUUGUAAUCUAUUAAUAAUGUUUGACUGGCCUAUCUGACUGUUUUGUUGACAUUCCCUUUAGCGCAGCUCCAUCUAAUGGAUGCAUAGGUGCACCUUAUAAUCCGGUGCGCCUUAUAUAUGAACAAAGUUUAGAAAUAUGCCAUUCAUUGAAGGUGCGUUUUAUAAUCCGGUGCGCCUUGUGGUGCGGAAAAUACGGUAAACAAGAAGUCGUGCUAUGACGCGUUAACCAUACUGUCUGAAAAAGUGCAUAUGGACGCAAACAUCUCCUCACAAUCCUCCCACUUCUUUCCAUGCUCUUGCAGAGUUCAGCUUAAUCUUCUAGAUGUUUGCUAAUGUCACUCCCAGGUCUCCCAGCUGAAGAAGAGGACAAACAAGAUGGCGUUUGCUUUUAUAUUUAACACAAACUCAUCGUCAUAGUCGUUGAGAUGCUCGCUUGUGUUUGGGUCUGUGUCCCGAUCCAAUAUCGAUAUGUGCGUGCAUGUAAAAUGUGUUAUGUCAGCUACAAGCAGUUCUGCAGCGUGUUUACUUGUGCAAAGCUGGACAGCCAGUUAACAUCUAAAUGUCCUCCAAUAAGCACACACGGUUGCUAUUUUCUUCUAUUUUAGUCAAGUCAUUUACAAAAGGUAAACAUGGUAGGCAAUAGUUUCGUAGGAGCUAGAAGCUACAAAACAGUGAAGCAGACAAGCUAGACAGACGUAAUAAAAACUGAACAAUAUUGCAGUCUAAAACACCACAUUUGUCAAUGUAAAAUAUCUAAUAAUGAUAUUACUCAGAUUACUUAUACAUACAAAGUCUCCAAGGCAGAAGUGUAUUAGAAAGUAUUUAGUAACAAUCGUGUCAGUUUGUUACUGCAUACAAUAAUUAAUUAUUGUUACAAAAAAAACAACUACCACUCCAUCCAUCCAUUUCCUACCGCUUGUCCCUCUCUGGAUCUUGGAAGUGGCUGGAGCCUAUCCACUCCACUUUUACUUAGAGACAGAAUAAGUCCAUUCCAGAUGGUUAAUAAUAGGUUAGUUUUUCAUACCUACCAUUGUUUUUUGUUUGACUUACCGGUAUUUCACUUGAUCAAACCAUUUCUAACAUUCCCCACUGUAUAAAGAAUGGCUCAGGGACACAGAGAGGUAGCGUUGCUGUCAUGUUUACUAGUCAUCCAGGAAGUAAGCCCCAGCCCCAAAGCACCCUGGGAUAUGUAGGCAUAGCCUACCACUACACCUCCCCUUCUUAGUUCAGCAACAACAUAUUCAAACACAAACUAAUAAGCAAACUUAUUCAAACAUUUUAGAUGAACUUAGACCACUGUAAAUGAAUAACUCUGACAUAGUAUUACAAUCAUCUUUCGCUUACACUUCUUUUUUUUUUUUU